AUGGAAGGCGCUUUGUGUGGCAAGCGGGCCGUUGCCAUAUCUUUUGAAGAUAAGAACAACCAGCAUGACCCCGCUGCUGUUACAGAAGCCUCGAAUCAUGCCGUCAAGUUGAUUCAGCAUCUCCACGGAUCAUGUCCUGAGGACGUCGGCCUGUACACUGUUAAUAAGGCAUUAAAGAUGUGUAUUAGCCCACAAUGCAUUUUGUAUACGAUCAUGUUCAAGAAUCAAUGGUCAUCAGGUAUCUCUUCGUUCCAGGAGGUUAUCUCUGCCGAGUCGGGUCGCCCACAGAAACAAUUUAGAUGGGCACGAAAGCUCAAUGAUAUCCUGGCGAGUUUACACAAUGGCGGUCCGACCGAUGAUGGACUGGUUGUUGAAAGGGGAUUUACUAGGUGA